CCUGUCGCCGUCGCCAUCACUACCGCUCAACUCCCCGAAACCCGCAAAAAGCAACCACCAUCUCCCCACUCCGCGCGGCGCGCGCUUCCCGAGGAUGGUUGCCUCCGGCCGCAAGCGCUCCCGCCGCGCGCCCAUUCCCGCGCCGUCGUCCCCACCGCCGGCGCCGGCUCCGGCCCAGUCGCCGCCGCAGCUCACAUCGCUACUGGCGCUGCUCGCCUCGUCCGUCACCCUGGCGCUGCGGUUCGCGGCCGACCGCGACCUCCUCCUGCUCCCGUCCCAGACGCUCGCGCUCGACCCGCUCCUCCUCUCCGCCGCGCGCGCCGUCUCCCGCCUCCUCGCGCUGCUCCCGCUCCACCUGCAGACGCUCACGCUCACCUCCCUCUCGCUCUCCCCGCCCACGCCGUCGCCUUCGCUACCCUCUUCCUGGUUCCUUCGCCUCCUCUCGUCGCCGUCCCUCCCGGACUCCGCCUGGCGCGACGCCUUCCGCAUGUCCAAGCCCGCAUUCUUCCAGCUCCUCCACGCCCUCGCGCUCCCCACCCCCACCGCCUCCUCCUCGUCCUCGACCCUCGCGCUGCCGCCCGACCACAAGCUCGGCGCCGCGCUGUUCCGCCUCGCCCACGCCGCGCCCGCGCGAGCCGUAGCUCGCCGGUUCGGCCUCCCCUCCCCCUCCGUCGCCGCCCGCGCAUUCUACGAGGUCUGCCGCGCAAUCGCCGACCGCCUCGCCGUGAUGCUGGACCUCGCCGCGCCCGACCGCAUCGCCCGCGCCGUCCCGGGGUUCUGCGCGCUCUCGCUGCCCAACUGCUGUGGCGCGCUCGGGUACGCGCGGUUCGGGGACGCCGCCAUCGCGCAGGCGCUGGUGGACGCCGAUGGCCGCUUCCUUGACGUCUCCGUCGGCUGGGACUUGGCGAUGGCGCCGGCGGAGAUCCUCCCGCGGACGAAGCUGUACACCUCCCAAUCUAUUGUGCUCGCCAAUGCGCCUCAAGGCGAGCUCAUUGGCGGCUCAGUGCCGCGCUACUUCUUGGGGCCGGCUUGCUGCCCGCUGCUCCCCUGGCUUGUGACACCGUACAAGGAUAUGGGUGCCACCGAUGACUUAUCCAAAGAGAGCGUCUUUAACUAUGUGCACGCGCACGGGAUGCAGGUGGUGAAGAAUGCCUUUGGCCAUGUGCGGGCACGGUGGCGGCUUCUAGAGGAAUGCUGGAAGGGAGAGUGCCAAGAGGCACUGCCGUAUGUCGUGGUUGCUGGUUGUCUGCUCCACAAUUUUCUCAUCAAGUGUGGCGAACCACUACCUGAGGAGAUUCAGGGGGAUGCCAAUGCCGAUGUGUUUGUGGACUUUGAGGGGGAGAAGGACAAGGAAGGGGAGAGAAUCAAGGAUGUUCUUGCUGCACACUUGAGCUUGGAUGAUUUUAUUGCUAUUAAUCUUGGCACCCUUCCAGGAAGCUACUUAACAUGUCCCUUUUUUAAACCAAAUGAGGAUGCCAUUUGAUCCCUGUAAAGUGUCAGGUCUGUACAAUUCAUGGUUUAACCUUUGUUGGGUUAAAAUUGCAUAUAUCUCCUUUUUAGUCCUUAUUUGUUUCAUGUGGGUAAAGUUCACUUGACUAGCCAACCGCUAACUUUUGUAGCACUAUAAUUUUUCAUGCCAUGUCUGAUGUCGAUUGAAUCACACACCUCCAUGUUAGGACUUCAGUUCUGCCUCUUCUGCAAGUUAU